AUGGGGGCGCGGGUUACUAAGAAAAUAAACGAAGGCCUCGUGAUAGCGGAGCUUUUGUUGACAGGGCCAUUCCAAAAGAAAAAUGAAAACGCUGAAGACGAAAUUCGAGAACGCGCAGUCGUGUCCCAGGUAGACAGUGUGUCAGAUUUGAUAAGAGCGCCAAUCAAAGGAAGUGCGGCAGAGAAUCUGAAGCAGCCAGAAAUCCAGGGCGUUUCAACAGCGGCGGGUGAAUUGAUCGAGUUUGAUAAAGUAAACAGUGAUACGUUCACCGACAGAGAAAAGGAAUCGAGCGCCGCUGCGAACGCCGAGCGCAACGGUAUUCUGAUCCAAGUUCACGGCGAGAGGAUUUUUACGAAGGCUGAGAAUACGACAUUGCAUAAACCACAUCCCGUCGACGAGGUGAUCCGAGAAGCUUCAUCGCCGAACAUUUUGAGGAAACAUUGGAAUACGGGCGAUGGUUCAAAAUUUGAAGAUCAAACAACCGAAAGGCAACCCAGCAAUGACGGCAGAAAUACAAUCGACAUCGCGCAGAUAGCGAGUGAUCCGUCGGUUGAAGACGUCCUAGGAGACGCAGAGUUUGUUACACAGCCGCAAACUGAGAAGGUGUCUGCAAGCAAGACACCGGCGAACAUCGUAAGAAGCGAGCUUGCGUCGCAGGAGCUAGCUGCGUACCACCAGCGCCCCAAAAUCGAGGAUUCACGAGUCGAGAAUGUAACGGGUGGUGAUCAUUUGACUACGGGCUCGCUGUUCGUCGAUAAUAAGGCGUUGUCGGGCAAUGCAGCUCAAUCUCUGUACAUUACAGACUCUGCUGAUGCUACAAAUAAUUUGACCACAGAACAUCUGGCCUCCAUAGGAUCACUCAAGAGCAUAUCACAACCGGACGCUAACGCUCCGAAUUCAAUCGAUACAACGGUUCCUAUUAGCUCUACAGACUCCUUUAGCACUAGCGACUCUGCGAACACUACUCUGUCUCCGAACAAUACUGACUCGCCUAGCGUGACUCAGUCUUUUUCGAUCACUGGCUCUAAUCACGCGGCUAACGCUACGGGACAUGUUAAUGUGUCCAAUAUGCUUAUUACCACCGACUAUUUCAACCCAACGGAUGACCUCAGCACCACGGCAUCCGUCAAUGUGUCAUUCGCUGACACCACGGAAUCUGUUAGCACCAAACAAUCUCUCAGUGUCACAGGAUCUUUCGACACCACAAUAUCCGCUGAAGCCAUGGUAUCUGAUAACAGGUCAGAGUCUGUCAGCAUCACAGGGUAUGUCAAUAGCACAAAAUCCGCUGACACUACGGAAUCCCUGCAAAUUUCACAAUCUGUCAGCGCCAUUGUAUCUCUUAACACCCCGACUGACUAUUUCAGCCCAACGGAUGACUUCGGCACCACGGCAUCCGUCGAUGCGACAUUUGCCGACACCACGGAAUCUGCUAGCACCAAACUAUCUCUCAAUAUUACAGGAUAUGUCAACAGCACAACAUCCGCUGACACUACGGUAUCCCUCCAGAUCUCACAAUCUGUCAGUGCCAUAGUAUCUAUUAACACCACGGUACCUGCAAGCGUGUCAGAAUUUGUCAGCAGCACAGCAUAUGUUGACACUACAAAAUUUACCACGAUGUCACAAUUUGUCAGCAGCAUGGUAUCUCUCAACACCACGGUAUCUGCCAACGCUUCAGAAUCUGUCAGCAGCACAUCAUACCUUGACACCACGGAACCAACCCCGAUGUCACAAUCUAACACCAUGAUAUCUACCAACGCGUCAAAAUCGGUCAGCAGUACAGCAUCCGUACACACCACGGAAUCCACCCCGAUGUCAGAAUAUGUCAACACCACAAACUCCGUUGAUACCACAGAAUCUUCAAAUGUGCCAGAACUUGUCCACAUCACAGAAUCUAUCAACAGUACAAACUCUGCCGACAGCACAGAAUCCGUUGUUGGCCUGACGGAAUCCACCAAUAUGUCAAAAUCUGUCAACAUCACGGAAUCCGACAACACAACAGAAUCUGCCGUCACUACGGAACCUGUCAAGACGCCAGAAUUCGUUAACCAAACGGAAUCUGUCAACACCACGGAAUCUGUUAGCACAACAGCCUCUCUCAGUACCACUGAAUCCAUUCACAAGACAGAAUCUGUGGACACCACCGAAUCUGUCAAAACAACAAAAUUUGCCAGCCCCACGGAGUUUGUUAACUGGACAGAAUCUCUGGACUCGAUGAAAUCUAUUGAAACCGAAAAAUCCCUCAAUAUUUCAAUGUCUGCUGUUUCCUCGGUAUCCGUUAGCAUCUCAGAAUCUCUCGACAAGAGAGAAUCUCCUAACGCGACACUCGCUCUGAACAGCACAGAGUCCGAUUACUCGUCAGAGUCGACGGACACUCUAGUUUCCACGACAGAAUUUGGGGUCACCACGGAAUAUGUCGAAACGACAGAAUCUUCCAACUCCACGACCUCUGUUGUAUCCACAGAACCUCUCAACAUCACAGGGGUCGUUGACAUUACAGAAUCCGCCAGCGCCAUGGAAGCUAUAAGCACGACACAAUUUGUCAGUAGCGCAGAAGCUGUGAACAGAACACCAUCUAUGAACACAACAGAGUCUGUCAUUUCAACCGAAACUCAGGGCGCGACCGAAUCUGCCACAACUGCCGAGAGCAGUCUCAAAGCUGAGGCAACGGUUGAAUCUCAAAACGGCUCAUCGACGCAAGCUGGGACAGACGUCGACAAUACGACCGAGGCCUUGAACGUAACAAGAGGCACGAGUACUCCCAAAGCCAGUAGCACGGAACUAUCGACUGCGGAGGAAACAGAGCCAUUUCAAGAGCCGCAGACGAGCGCAGGGAUAGAAAAUAUUACGGGUGGUGCGAACAAGACGACCGUGGUUCCGACGUCAUUAACUGAUGCGACAGGAAAAAUCCCAGAGACAUCGCUAACGAGCACGACGCCACUGGAAAUUGUAACGGCGGUAACAAACGCCACAACACUCAAGAGUACAACAGAAUAUGAGAGCUCCGCGGAAGUUAAGAGUUCAAUAAGUCAAGUGAUAGAAACGGAGAGCUCCACGGAAGUUAAGAGUUCAACAACUCAAGUGAUAGAAACGGAGCGCUCCACGGAAGUUAAGAGUUCAGCAAGUCGAGUGAUAGAAACGGAGAGCUCCACGGAAGUUAAGAGUUCAACAAGUCCAGUGAUAGAAACGGAGAGCUCCACGGAAGUUAAGAGUUCAACAAGUCAAGUGAUAGAAACGGAGAGCUCCACGGAAGUUAAAAGUUCAACAACUCAAGUGAUAGAAACGGAGAGCUCCACGGAAGUUAAAAGUUCAACAACUCAAGUGAUAGAAACGGAGAGCUCCACGGAAGUUGAGAGUUCAACAAAUCAAGUGAUAGAAACGGAGAGCACAACUGGACCCAAAAGUUCCACUGCGGCAGACUUGACCACAGAAAGUAUGAUCUUAUCUGUAACUCCAUCUCCGAAAGGAACGCCUGCUACGACUGGCACCAUGCUGUGCGGCUCGUUGGACACGGAAGUGUCGGCGUGCGACAACUUCUACAACCACGUGUGCAGCAAGUGGCGAGAAGACAUGGAUGUGGAGUUUGACCACACCGAUGCCGACGAUGUACUUUCGAGGAAUUUGGAAAACAGAGCCUGGGCGUUCUUGAAAGGAGGUAAAGAGACACCGUCGAUGGCACCCUUGUUUAGGACCUGGGAAACUUGUCUUUCAACUGUUGUCCCUGAUCGCAAAUUACAAGAGACCCUGAAGUCUCUAGGCUUGGAUUUUCCGAGAGUUGGCGAAGCUUCCACGGACGAAGUAUUAAAGAUAGCCGGGACCCUGCUGCACAGUCUGGGGAUAGCGUCUCUCGUGACAGUCGGAGUAGACAGGUAUCCGGACACGGGACAGAAGAUUCUAUCGUUGGACGAGGCGGAUCUGGUCGUCGAUCCCCACGAAGUAAAUCAAAAGAGGAGCGAAACGCUGUCUUUGGUCUCAGGCUUGGCCUGCCGCUUCUUGACAGCAGUGCAGACAGAGGAAGCCCAGCAAAAUGACUGCGACGACGUUGCCAACGUGGUACUAGAACUGUCCGAGGCUUCGUCGCUGCGUGAGCACCUUCUUGAGCGGAUGUACAACUAUUCGCUCGUGCCUUAUCAAGACUGGCAACUUCUUCAAUCGUUUUUUGCUGAAAUGAAGGGAGCUGAAGAGCUCCUCAGCUCAACCCCUACGCUCCUGCUGAAGAAUCUUGAGCAGCUGAACAAAGUCAAAGUUAUGCUGAAGACAACCCCGGGACGGCUGUACAGAUACCUGGGGUUCCAGGCGACGGUGUACCUCUCGCCCUUCCUGAAAGACAAGCAAAGCUUCUGGGCAUCGGCCCUCUACUCGCUCUCUGGGCAGCGGCAACGUGACCCACCAAAAUGGCGACUUUGUCUUCACCUGGUGGACAGGCUCCUUCCCGGCCUGCUGAUGGAAUCCAUACAAUUGACCCAGGACGAGACCACUGGUUACCGGGAACUUAUGGCAUGUACAGCCUAUGCCCGCAAAGACGUCUACGGCGCUUUUCUCACCGCGAAACUAAACGACGCCUUGCCCAACGAUCAAGACUGA